UCAGAUUAUAUUUGUGUGAAGAGAUUCCACGAUGAGUAAACGGUCUAAGGUGAUUGACUGGUCAAAGAAAGAUGGCGCGUCUCCCAAACCCAAACGAUUGCACUUGGAGGAAGAUGAAAGCGAUCAUUUGUACCACUGUCCAGUUUUGCACUGUGAUCACGAUGGAUUUUCAACUCAAAGAGGGURCAGAAAACACGUCAAAAAUAAGYAUUCUUGGUUCUACUACUUUGAUCAAAAACCUUGUGAAAACGAAAAUGGCGCCUCAAAACAAGAUGGGUCUGACCAAGCUCCAAGUUCAAAAAAGGAUCAGAAGACAAUCAAGAAACAUUUUCCAUCGUUUGACAUUACAACCGUGAUAGGCAAAAGCUUUGAAACGUGGCUAAUGGGCAGCGGUGGGGGCUGCAAAAGCAAACAACAAUCUCAACAAAUUUUGCGCAGAAGUUUCAAGUAUUUGAAGUUUUGCUGCGAARRCGAAGAUGAGGAGGAAAUUCURAGUUGGGACAUGGUCGAUUUUAGUUUGAGCUCGCCUAAUUUUCUGUUCAAAUUCGUUGACACGAUGCAGAGUGAUUGGGGACUGGGACAUGCUGGUCGUCUGGGAUAUUUGGAUGCUAUAAGUGACUUGAUCGAUUUUCGAAAAAUUCACGGAWCGUGCUCGGACGUGGUGCUUAGAAACCUGACAUCCAGCGAAGUGUAUCUUAAGCGAGCCAGAAAAACUGUUGCAAAAAUGAUGAGGCUCAAUUGGAGCAGUGACCUCGACAUUGAAGCGUUGGARGCUAAGGGACAUUGGGCUACAAUGGAUGAGCUCUUGGGCGUGGUGACCUACCACCUUCCCCGUUACGAGGCAGUGACGAAAGUGUGCCGGGAGUCCCCGAGUAAAGCCACGCCUUCCGACCUGACUUUCGCCACCAAGUUUGUAGCUGUGUACUUGUUCAUCAAGGUCAAGGGAUCACGGCCGAUGACGUAUCAGUACCUGACAGUGGACAUGGUCGACACAGCAAAGCGCAACGGAGGAUUUAUCGAUCAAAAACAAUUCAAGACGGCCGCACGAUAUGGAUUUGAUAGCCUUUACUUAUCUGACACYAGUGUUCAAGUGCUUGAUGCAUAUAUUAUCCACGUGCGACCACUUUUAAGGCCGACGUGUGACUAUGUCCUCGUGACGAAAAAUGGCUGGCAACACAGUAAGAUCGGCGAACUCAUGGGCAAGAUGGUGUUUGAUGCUACGGGCAAAUAUAUACACCCGACACGCUACCGACAGAUUGUCGAAACCGCCAGUCACCAACAAUUGAACAGCGAAGAACAAGAAACGAUUUCCGAAGAUCAAAAACACAGCUCGGUGGUGGCUAAAGUUCAUUAUCAGAAGCGACGAUCUCGCGAUGUAGCGACAAAGGCUCACGAAUGCAUGAAAAAGAAUUGA